GGAUAAAAAAAUCAUUGAGAUGGCAGCCCUGGGAAGGGCCCUGUAUCCUGGCAUGUUGUACGACUGCCGCACUGAUUCUUUUAUUCCAGGUGUUACUUUAUGGGACAGGAAUUCAAUGUAUGACAAUCUUGAUGUUCAUGACCAGACUAAAACAUUUGUCAAGCUAGUUGCCUCUGACAGUAUUAGUGAAAAGGCCAACCUCCUAGAUGUGAAAGCUUCCCUAAAAGCAAGUUUCUUAUGUGGGCUGGUAGAAGUUGGAGGAUCGGCCAAAUACCUGCAUGAUACCAAAUCCUCAGCACGUCAGUCCAGAGUUACCAUGCAGUACAGCCAGACAACAAAAUUUGAGCAACUCACUAUGAAGGAGCUGGGCAAUAUCACUUAUCCACAAGUCUUUGAGCAGAAAUCAGCCACUCAUGUAAUUACAGCUGUACAGUACGGUGCUAGUGCUUUCUUAGUGUUUGAUUAUAUAAGUGCAGAAAAUGAGAACAAACAGGAGAUUGAAGGAAACCUUUAUGCAACAAUUAAGAAGAUACCUACUAUUUCUAUUGAGGGACAAGCGUCCCUAACAAUGAAUCAAAAUGAAAAAAAUCUAACGGAGAAUAUGAAUGUCACAUUUUAUGGUGACUAUGAGCUUGAGGAAAACCCCACAACAUACACAGAGGCUUUGAGGGCAUGCAGGAGAUUGCCUACUUUGCUGAAAGAACGAAAGAGUAAAGGAGUACCAGUGACAGUGUGGUUGUAUCCUCUCACACUAUUGAAUGAUAGGGCUGCUAAAUUGGUGAGAGAAAUCAGUUUGAACCUGGUGACUAAAACAGAAAAUGUGUUGGAGGACCUUGGUGAAGUACAAAGAAGAAGCAAUGAUUUCAUCACAAACCCAAUAGUAGAUGUUUUCCAUGAUAUAAAAAACAGGCUGCUACAGUUUCAGGAACUAGUGGGUUAUUAUAAGUCAUCAUUCCUGAAGGAACUGGCCAAAGUUUUGCCAACUAUUCGGAAUGGGGAAGUGGAGGAAAAAGAUCUGCAGAACAUCUUGAACAAUCAUUACUUGACAGCCUUCACAAAUACCCACAUGAACAAAUGGUUGGAUGACAUUUCAGCUGAAUUAAACAUACUGAGUUCUUAUACCAGUGGGCUGAAGGACGUGAAAGUUGUCAGAUCCUUAGGGUCACUUAAUUCUUUCCUCUUUGAUCCUGAUGUUGAUGUGGUGGUCUGCUUGUCAUUUACAUCUCUAAAGAAUGAAGACCCCUACAUAGUGACUAUAAAAGACUUUGUAAAGUCUAACAUGUUUGCUAAUUUGGGGCAACAAAAUGUAAAUGCAUUCCCAUUCCAAGCAACACAGCCUUGGUUUACUUCUCGUGACAUUUCUGCAAGCAUGAGGCAAAAUCUUUCUCUCUUCACAAGUUUUUUUAAGGCCAAUAUAAAUAACAAGAGGAUCAAGUUCAUCAUUGCCGCCUUCUCUGACCCCAGCAAUCCAGGAACCUCCAUCCAACUUUACCAAAACAGCAGUCUAAAAACUCCCAAGUUCCAGCCUGUAUCCAAACCUUCCCUACCUGUGGUGGAAACCAGUGAAGGGAAAGUCCUCCUAAAGUUUUCAAAGUCCCCAACUGGAGAGACAAUACGUUUCAGAGUUGAGUACAGGACAACACCACCAACUGAUGCUGCUGCAUGGACGGUCAUCAACACUUCAGAUGCACAGACCAGCUUCACACUGACCGGACUAAAGUCAGGAGAACAAUACUGGGUCCAAUACAGAGCUGUUAGUGAUGUAGGAGUGAGUGAAGCCAGUGAUGCUGUCUCCUUCUCACUCCUUGGGAAAGACCAUGUCACAGUGGACAAAUGGGACCUUUCUAUGCCUUCGCUCUUUAAUAAAAUAAGGCAUAAAAUAAUGAGCAGUAUGGGGAUGUCAAGAUGGUCUCUCUCUACUAUCAAGUCAGAGGUUACAAAUGUUGUCAGCAGUCCUAGCAUUCCUUACACUGAUACAAAUAGAGGAGGACUGAAAUCAGGAAUGGCUUUGUACUUCCAAGGGGUUGUUCCUGCAGCAGGAAAUGUCUUUGAAAUAAAUCUUAUAGCCGGACAAAGGGAAGUUGGCGGUGUUGCUUUUCACUUGAAAUUUUGCAUCAAUGAUGCGACGAUCUAUAACAGCUACAGGAAUGGGAAGUGGGAGGGUGAAGAAAAGACAUCAUGUCCCAUUUCUAAAGGAUCUGCCUUUGAUGUUUUUUUGGUGAUCAAAACAGAAGGCUAUGAGAUAUAUGUAAAUGGGCAGAGGCGUUACCUGUUCAAGCACCGUAUGCCGAUAGAGAAAGUGACCACUCUUUACAUUGGUGGAGACGUCAUUAUGAAUGUCAUUGGUACAGUUCCUAACUGGAACAACUCUACUUUUGUUAAGGAAUUAAACUCUGGCACCUCACGUGUAAAGCAUUCCAACAUCCAGUCUGAUGUGCCACAAGCAGUCUGCAACCCUACAAAGGGCUAUUUCAGCAAACUUUCAGUAACCAUGAAACCUGGCAUGGCUUUGUUCUUCCAAGGGGUUGUUCCUUCAGACUGUUGCAUCUUCGAAAUUACUUUUGUGACAUCACUGAGGUAUGGUUAUGACAACGCUUUACACUUCAGCGCCCGUGAAGACCAUAUAGUCCUUAACAGUAGCAGGGAUGGAGCAUGGGGAAAUGAAGAACUUAUUAACUGGUGCCCCUUUGUCAAAGGAGCAGCCUUUGAUAUCUUUGUGCUUGUCAAACCAGAAGGCUAUGAGAUAAUAUUGAAUGGCCUGGGAUGCUACACAUUUAAACACCGUGUAGCAAUAGAGAAGGUGAAUUCGAUGUAUAUUGCUGGAGAUGUAUUCAUAAACAACUUUGGCAUUAGUGAAGUGGAGAAUGUAAGUGUCAGCACCACCGUUCCUGUCAAAAUUUGAGGAUCCUAAUUAGGCGCUGAAGCACUGAUGACAUUUUUAAAGCUUAUGUUGUCCUCUAUUCUCAAGUAUACCCCAAGCAACACAGCCUUGUUUUGAACCUGAGAGCACUCACUGUCUAAAAAAAACAAAUUACUAUAUGAAAUAUUACAUCAAUUAUUUAGCCAAAUAUACUAUAUGAUUUGGGUUGUUAUGAUUUGGGAAACUAUUUACUUUGUGCCUUAACUCUUUAUCCCAUGUACUCAUCAUAAUCAUUAAAUAAAA